AUGUCGAGUGUCGCCAGCUUGUCCCUGAUCUCACAGGGAGCGGCCUAUGGCCUCCUUGUCGGCCUCGGCGUGCUCUUUUGCGGCGUAAUUCUGAUUGCUGUCAAAGUGCAGAGAGUCUACCUCUCUGAGGAUUCCGGGAAGUCGGAGAUGUUCAUGGUUGCCAAUCGAUCCGUGGGAACAGGCCUGACAGCUUCAGCGGUCUUCUCGUCGUGGAUGUGGAUCAACGAGACGGUGCUGGCAGCAGCAAUGUGCUACAGAUACGGACUGGCAGUCCCUCUGUGGUGGGGCUCUGGUCUCUGCUUCCAGAUUGCAUUGAUGGCAGCGUUGGGCGUCAUGGCGAAAAUCCGAGUCCCUUACGCUCACACCUCUCUCGAGAUUGUCCGCAUGCGAUAUGGGAAGAUAGGCCAUCUUGUCUUCAUUGCCCUGAAUCUGGUCAACAAUGUAUUCGGAUGCGCAUCCAUGAUCAUGACGGGCUCCCAGCUUAUCCAUGGUGUAUCUGGGAUGCACUUCGUCGCGGCAACCAUCCUCAUCCCGCUGGGAGUCGUUCUCUACACCGCAGUGGGAGGUCUGAAAGCCACCUUCCUCACAGACUUCCUCCACACAACCAUUGCGCUGAUUCUCAUCAUCUACUUCACCCUUGCGGUCUUGACGAACUCCGCGGUGGGUGGACUGGGCGGCCUCUACGACAAAGUAAUGGCUACAGCGAGCGAGAAUUAUAUUCCUGGAAACUACGAAGGAUCCGUCCUUACAUUCAAGUCAAAAGGCGCAAUUAUCUGGGGGUUGAUACUGAAGUUUGGCAAUUUAGCCCUCGUGGUCAUGUCCUUUGCAACAGAGGUCUACGCCACGGUGCCUGGUUACAACAUUGCUGCAUUGGCGGUGUUCGGUAUUCCCUGGGGGUUGGGGACUGUGAUAGGGUUGACAGCCCGAGCGCUGCACAACACCCCGAUCUUUCCUACCUAUCCUGGCGAGCUGACGAGUAUUGAAGUCAGUUCAGGCAUGGUCAUGCCUUAUGUUCUCAAGGCCCUCAUCGGCCAAAAGGGAAUUAUCGGCUUCUUUUUCCUUCUGUUCAUGGCACUUACGAGCACCGUGUCUUCGUCCAUGAUUGCGGUUAGCAGCAUUCUCUCCUACGACCUCUACAAGACAUACCUCAAUCCCAAGGUAACUGAUAAGCAGCUCGUGCGAGUGAGCCACUUGACGGUGGUCAUACAUGGCGUGUUUAUCACGGGUAUAUCAAUCGCCUUGAACUAUGGUGGUGCCAACAUGACCUGGAUCGGCUAUCUGCGACCGAUCAUCUCGUGUCCUGGGAUUAUCCCUAUGGCGCUGACUCUGUUUUGGUCUCGCCAGACUCGUCUAGCUGCGAUCCUAUCGCCCAUUCUCGGCUUCUUUUCGGGCCUUGCUGUUUGGUUAGCAACCGCAAAGUCCAUGUACGGAGCUAUCAACAUCGAGACCACGUCCAACCAGUAUCCGGCUCUCUAUGCAGCGAUCGCGUCUUUCUUCUCGCCUGCCCUUUACUCGGUUGUGUUGUCGCUCUACAAGCCGUAUAAGUUCGACUGGCGGGAGUUUCUGCGCAUCGAACUGGCAGAUGAAGCCGAACAUCAUGCACCGUCAGACACUACCACCCUGAAUGAAAGUAGCGAGGAAGAACAGUCUCGCAAUCCCAAAAGUGUCUCGGGUACUGUCGAGAGCUCGCAACCAGGAAAUAUCCAGAGUAAAGUUCUGGAGCGUCCUGCCACAGCGAACGAAAAGGCUCCAAAGUCAAUCCUGCAACUCAGCCCUGAGGAUGUUCAGCACCCAUUUGACGAAGAAGCCCUGAAGCAGCUGCAUCGGUGGCUCAAGAUUGCCUGGGUUAUGUUUGUGAUUAUCGUCCUAGUCACCUUCGUCGCUUGGCCGCUCCCACUAUACCGGGACUAUAUCUUCACCAAGCCCUUUUUCUCUGGGUGGACAACGGUAGCCAUUAUAUGGCAAUUCGGUGCAUUUGGCGCCGUGGUCAUCUUCCCGCUCUAUGAUGGAAGGCAUGCAAUUAAGACAGGCGCUAGAGGUAUCUGGAAGUCUUCGAGGGACUUCUUUCGAAGAAUGGCCAAGGCUUAA